AUGGCGCCGGGGCCGGAGCUGCUGCCGCCGGCGGAGACGCCAGGCAAGCUGAUGACCUUCUAUCUCUACCGCGUGGACAACGACCAGAGGUACAAGCUGAACGGCGUGAACAUGGCAAACUUGCUGGGCGAUAUCUGGUAUCUUCACAACGAAGUUGUUUUCAACUGCCCCAGGAAGUUCAACAUGACGCGGCUGACACGCUUCAAGGUCACCUACCGUGCCACCAAGGAGUUGUGGGGCCAGAACAAGAACUUCGACGCCUUCGUUGCCUUCGACAAGGCCAAGUGCACUGUGCCCGGCUGCCCCAUGCUCCACUGGCUUCCCCUCGGCUACGUGAUCGGCUGCACGAAGAACGAUGUCGGCCGAGUGGCGCUGCCGGGUGAAGCUGCGUGGUUCUCACUUCCAGGGACGUGCCCUAGCAAGUUCUACUUCCAGAAGACAGCGGAGUGUGAGAAGAGGGAGCCGGGCGGCCAGUGCAAGGGAAGCGAGGUCACCGGCGAAAGCGAUUGCACUUACAAAGUUGAGGAGGCCGGCGAGAUUAGGCUGGAUGAGCUCUCAGGCAUCAAGAACUACAACGAGGUCUGCGAGAGCACUGGUGUUCGCGAGUAUGAUGAACUUACCGACAAGGGCACGGGCACCAGCUUUUGGAACGGUAAGGCCGACGCAAAGAAGGGCGAGGAGCGUGUGAAGUUCAUCUCGGACCUUUUCGCCAAGCGCUUCCCGAAGUUUCCAGCGCACUUGGAUGACCCACCAUGCGAUCUCGGUAGCUUAGUAACUGGAUAUGGGGGCUUCCAGCAGCGCAAGCUCCAGCAGCAAAGUCUUGGCGACCCUGAUACAGCGCACACGUCUGAGACCUGGGUGAAUCCGUGGCCUCUCGCCCUGGACAUGCCAGGGAGUGCGCGAUGCGUUCGCCUCGCCUGCGGCGCCAAGCACACGCUCUUCCUCACAGCGUCCGGGGAGCUGUACGGCUGUGGGCAAAACGCGCAGCGACAGCUGAGCAGUGCUGUGUCUGGCUGUGUGACCACCACAGAGCUUCCCUUCAGCCAUGAGAACGGCCUACCGGUCGACAUCUUCUGCCACCCCAGCCUCAACGUUUCCGUGGUGCUCACCAGAGAGAACAGGUUCUUCAUCUGCGGUGAAGCUGGCAGCCUGUUCCACACUGCCGGAUUGAUUGAGCAGUUCCUGCCAUACGACAGGGAUGCGAUCAUCAUCGAGAACCGGGUUGUGUGCAUGAAGUCCAGUGCUGGACAGGUGUACAUACCCGGCUUCAACGAUCCCAAGGUGAGCGCAGUUGAACUCGUCGCAGCACAGGAGGCUCAGGAGCCCGAGUCCGACUCAGCCUAUGCCACCCGACUGUUAGAGCGACACCUGGGCAUGGACAGCCUUCGCCGCUUGACGCAGCAAGCGCUGCAGGGGGGCACUUUGAGCUCGCAAGACGUGAUCGGCGAGUAUGCCGGUACAGCACCGGCUGGUCUCAGCACUGGGGUGAGUUCGGCCAAGGAGGUCGAGAUCCAGGGCACGCCGACAAGCUUUGUCAUCACCGAUUAUGGCUCAGAGCUGUUCUUCUUGAUCACGCAGAAUGCCAAGAUUGGCUCCCUCAUCCAGGCCACAGCCUCGGCGCCCAAUUCCGGGGACAUGGCGGACAUGGGAGGCCUUGCCCGUGGCGAGCGCACCUACGACGUCCAGGUGCUCUUCGGAGAUCGCCGAGCAGAGCACUACAGAGCGAUCGCGCGGUCGCUCAUCGAAGUGGUAGCGCAGAAGUCCUCGAAGCCGAUUCUCCUAGGCAUCCAUCUUAAGGAGCACAACGUGGAGAUCUUCAGGGCCAUUCUGCAGCAGCUCCGCGAGAAGAUUGCACCCGUCGUGGCCGCAGAGGAGGUGGACGAGUUUGCAGAUUAUGAGGGGCAGGGAUCUUGA